GUGUGCAAUUUAACAAAUUCGCCGGAUUUUACAUAUGUAUUCGAUCGGAAAGCUGCAUCGGCUUACAUAUACGGUGGCAAGCAGUGGCUUGGCCUAGAAGAUCCAGUCACCAUGUUCUCGAAGGCAUCAUAUGCAAAAUCACAUUCUUUGGCAGGAAUUAUGAUUUUUUCUUUAGCUGCUGAUGAUUAUGAGGUAAUUUUAAUGUAAAA